AUGGAGUGGCGCCCCGAUGAGCAGGGACUCCAGCAGGUCCUCCAGCUGCUCAAAGACUCUCAGUCUCCGAACACGGUGACCCAGAGAGCCGUUCAGCAAGUAUCCUGAUCACUGGGACUGAUGAUGGGGGGGCUUUGAUGUUUUACACCAGCAGCCCAGCAGGGGGAGCUGCAGAGUAUUAACGCUUCCUGAUGUUCAGGACAGUUAGACCGUCAGUGUGUGUGUGUGUGUGUCAGUGUGUGUGUGACAGUGUCUUACUGUAAACUUCCUUCUCUGACUGUGAAUCCAAACUCGGGUCAAAGGUCAAACUGUGAUCCUUAACCUUUUUGUCAGAAACUUGAACAACUGAACCAGUUCCCCGACUUCAACAACUAUCUCAUCUUCGUCCUCACACGGCUGAAAACUGAAGGUGAGAGGCUGCAGGUCUCAUUCACGUGUUCACGUCAUUCAUGUGUUCAUGUGGUGUAAUGUCCCGAUUUUCUGUCUGUUUAGUUCCUGGUUGUCUGACCUCAGAGGUUUCAGGGUUUGUUGUUUGACAUGUCGGGUCUUUACUGCGUCUCUCUUUGGUUCUGAUCUUCUGACCCGGUUUCUUGUUCUGACCCGGCAGACGAGCCGACCCGGUCUCUGAGUGGUCUGAUCCUGAAGAACAAUGUCAAAGCUCAUUACCAGAACUUUCCCCCGACUGUGGCCGACUUCAUCAAGCAGGAGUGUCUCAACAGCAUCGGAGACCCCUCGCCGCUCAUCCGUGCGACCAUCGGUGAGUUAAAGCGUGUAGGCGAAUUAUCCUUAACUGACCCCGCCCCCCUGGAGAUGAUUAGACCUUUUAAAACCUGAAAUUCUGUGAAGGUUCUGUAUUCAUACUGUCUGAUCCAGAACUGCUGAAGAUCAGGUUCAUGUAAAUCCGUGUCGGCCGUCUGGUCUCACCUGUCCGGGUCUCCUCAGGUAUCCUGAUCACCACCAUCGCCUCAAAGGGAGAACUGCAGACAUGGCCGGAGCUUCUGCCUCAGCUCUGCAACCUGCUCAACUCCGAGGACUACAACACCUGCGAGGUGAAGCUCCACCCUCUCCUCACACCUCCAACCGUCCAAUCAGACCUGUUUAAAUACUAACCUGUUAGCUGGUCCAGACCUGUGGACGAAGAAGGUUCCUGUUCUCAAACGGACCUCAGCAGGAACUGGAGUUGUGUGUGUCUGUGUGUUAGUAAAUGUGUGUUUUUGUGUUAAUUGUGUGAAUAUGUAUUAAGUGUGUGUCUGUGUGUGUUAGGGCUCAUUCGGAGCGCUGCAGAAGAUCUGCGAGGACUCGUCGGAGCUGCUGGACAGCGACGCUCUGAACAGACCGCUGAACAUCAUGAUCCCGAAGUUCCUGCAGUUCUUCAAACACUGCAGCCCAAAGAUCAGGUACAGAACCAGAACCAGAACCAAGACAUGAGGGCUGUUUUUUGUUUAUGUGUCUGUUGUGUUGUCUGUUUAGUUUGUCUGUUUGUUAACAUUUGUCUGUGUGACAAUGAGAAGUACAUAUGUUAAAGGUGGUCUAUAAGGAGUGAGUGGUUGAGGGUCCUGCUGAUCCUAAUACUCAGACUUGACACUGACUCAACGGCGUCUUCUGGUCCUGCAGGUCUCACGCUGUCGCCUGUGUGAACCAGUUCAUCAUCGGAAGAGCCCAGGCCCUGAUGGACAACAUCGACACCUUCAUCGAGGUGAGAGAGAGAGGGUUUCUAUUUCUACUGCUGUUUGGGAUUCUCUCUCUCUCUCUCUCGCUCAUGAAUGUCCCUCACCCUCUCUCUCUCUCUCUCUCUCUCUCUCUCUCAUGAAUGUCCCUCACCCUCUCUCUCUCAUGAAUGUCCCUCACCCUCUCUCUCUCUCUCAUAAAUGUCCCUCACCCUCUCUCUCUCUCUCUCUCUCUCUCUCAUAUGAAUGUCCCUCUCUCUCUCUCUCUCUCCCUCUCUCUCUCUCUCUCUCUCUCUCUCUCUCUCUCUCUCUCUCUCUCUCUCUCUCUCUCUCUCUCUCUCUCUCUCUCUCUCUCUCUCUCUAUAUGUCUCUCUCUCUCUCUCUCUCUCUCUCUCUCUCUCUCUCUCUCUCAUGAAUGUCUCUCUCUCUCUCUCUCUCUCUCUCUCUCUCUCUCUCUCUCUCAUGAAUGUCCCUCUCUCUCUCUCUCUCUCUCUCUCUCUCUCUCUCUCUCAUGAAUGUCCCUCUCUCUCUCUCUCUCUCUCUCUCUCUCUCUCUCUCUCUCUCGUGAAUGUCACUCUCUCUCUCUCUCUCUCUCUCUCUCUCUCUCUUCGUGAAUGUCUCUCUCUCUCUCUCUCUCUCUCUCUCGUGAAUGUCCCUCUCUCUCUCUCUCUCGUGAAUGUCCCUCUCUCUCUCUCUCUCUCUCUCUCUCUCUCUCUCUCUCUCUCUCUCUCUCUCUCUCUCUCUCUCUCUCUCUCUCUCUCUCUCUCUCUCUCUCUCUCUCUCUCUCUCUCUCUCUCUCUCUCUCUCUCUCUCUCUCUCUCUCUCUCUCUCUCUCUCUCUCUCUCUCUCUCGUGAAUGUCCCUCUCUCUCCCUCUCUCUCUCUCUCUCUCUCUCUCGUGAAUGUCCCUCUCUCUCUCUCUCGUGAAUGUCCCUCUCGUGAAUGUCCCUCUCUCUCUCUCUCUCUCUCUCUCUCUCUCUCUCUCUCUCUCUCUCUCUCUCUCUCUCUCGUGAAUGUCCCUCUCUCUCUCUCUCUCUCGUGAAUGUCCCUCUCUCUCUCUCUCUCUCUCUCUCUCUCUCGUGAAUGUCCCUCUCUCUCUCUCUCUCUCGUGAAUGUCCCUCUCUCUCUCUCUCUCUCGUGAAUGUCCCUCUCUCUCUCUCUCUCUCGUGAAUGUCCCUCUCUCUCUCUCUCUCUCUUCCGUAGAGUCUCUUUGCGUUGGCGACGGACGAGGACUCGGAGGUCAGGAAGAACGUGUGCCGCGCUCUGGUCAUGUUACUGGAGGUCCGGAUCGACCGGCUCAUCCCCCACAUGCACAGCAUCAUCCAGGUGAGUCCCGGUCAGGUUUUCCCCACGGACCCGUUUUACCUGGUCUCAGACUUAGGGUUCGUCUGGACUUGAUGACACACCCAGCUCAUUGAUCUACAGUGAUACCUAAAGUUCCUAAAUAUCUGAUCCAGAUGACCCGGUUCAGUUUUUUCUCUCUCUCCUGUGUCAGUGGUUUGCCCCUCACUCUCUCUCUCUCUCCCUCCUCCUCUGGUCCGGUCUCUGGUCUCUGGUCUCCGGUCUGCUAGUACAUGCUGCAGAGGACUCAGGACCCUGAUGAGAAUGUGGCUCUGGAGGCCUGUGAGUUCUGGUUGACGUUAGCGGAGCAGCCCGUCUGUAAGGAGAUGCUGUCCGGACACCUGGUUCAGUAAGUCCCCCAUCCUGGUCUUGAUAAAAAACCCCUAACCCUGGUCUUGGUUUCAAGGAUUGUGGUCUGAGGUCUCCUGUGGUUUUCAGGCUGAUCCCGAUUCUGGUCCAGGGGAUGAAGUACUCAGAGAUCGAUAUCAUCUUACUGAAGGUGAGUCCAGACUGGACCAAUCAGACUCCUGACUCCGCCCCUCCGACAGAGGCGGGGCCUGGACAGGUGUUUCCUGACUCUGGCUCAGGUCUCAGGUCUGGUUCUGUCUUUAGGGGGACGUGGAGGAGGACGAGGCGGUCCCAGACAGCGACCAGGACAUCAAGCCUCGUUUCCACAAGUCCCGCACGGUGACCCUGCAGCACGAAGGUGGCGAGGGCGAAGAGGGCGAGGACAUCGAUGAUGAAGACGAUGACGAUGAUGACGACACGCUGUCGGACUGGAACCUGCGUGAGUUCUCUUCAGGUUUUGGGGGGGUUCCCUUAUCUCAGCAGGUGUGUGUGGGUCUGUGGUUCUGACCCGGUCUGUUGUCUCUGCAGGUAAAUGUUCGGCAGCUGCGCUCGACGUCCUCGCCAACGUGUUCCGUGACGAGCUGCUUCCUCACCUGCUUCCGCUGCUCAAGGGUCUGCUCUUCCACCCCGACUGGGUCGUCAAGGAGUCAGGCAUCCUGGUUCUGGGGGCCAUAGCUGAAGGUAACUCAGCCCGUUUGGGUCCCUGUAUUCACCUGUCCUAACGGGUCCAAACCAGAACCACGACCAUGAAACCGUAACCCCGGAUUCCUACCGCAUCUGGAACGAUGGCGAUUUUGACCGUCUGCCAAUUCCUACCGGAUCUGUUUGUGAGGUGAAUUUUGUAGCGGAUUACGGACAGCUGUAAUCACAAGAACUCGCAGAUUCACGUUCAAUCGCGCGAUAACGAGUUGUCUCUAUAAAGACAGAAACAUAGACAUGUAAGCAGUAGAUUGUGUCCUUCCAGAGGAGGAAAUCUACUUCUAGACUUCUUUGUAUCCUGUCAGUACAAGCAUUCACAUCGGCGACGUUUUCCCUUCCUGCGAUAUUGCAGCAUUUUUUCGGGUCACGGUCGAUUUUUCUAAAAUUUUGCAUACUGUGUGUCCACUUCUGACCAAUCAGAUAGCGUGUUGUUGCGACGUCAGAUUCACCGAUAUAUCCAACAUGGUGGACCGUCUGAUUGUUAAAUGCUGAUUGAUAAAAGACACAAACAUUACAAAGAUAACGACCUGAAGGACGACUUGUGGAGAUUCAUAGUAUCGGAUUUCUCAUAUGACGAUGGUUUGUGUGUUUUAACAGUUUGCUAAUGAAUCGUCAUUUGUACUUCCUGUCCCCCCCCCCAGGCUGCAUGACGGGUAUGGUCCAGUACCUGCCGGAGCUGAUCCCUCACCUGAUCCAGUGUCUGUGUGAUAAGAAAGCUCUGGUCCGGUCCAUCGCCUGCUGGACUCUGAGUCGGUACGCUCACUGGGUCGUCUCCCAGCCGCCAGACUCCUUCCUCAAACCCCUGAUGACCGAACUCCUGAAACGGAUCCUGGACGGGAACAAGAGGGUCCAGGAGGCCGCGUGCAGGUGAGUGAUCAGCUGUUGGAUCAGCUGUUGUUGGUGGAGAUGAUGAAAACCCCAGCUCAUUGAUGGACCCUGAAAGACUUUGUUCCCAAACUAUCUUCUGAUCCACUGUUCCUGGUCCUUUGAGUUCUCCUGGUCCAGAUGAGUCCUUCUAAGCCGGACUAACCCUGUCCCCCUUUCUCAGUGCCUUUGCCACCCUGGAGGAGGAGGCCUGUACUGAACUGGUCCCGUACCUGAGCUUCAUCCUGGACACUCUGGUCUUUGCUUUUGGGAAGUACCAACACAAGAACCUGCUGAUCCUCUACGACGCCAUCGGGACUCUGGCGGACUCUGUGGGUCACCAUCUGAACCAGCAGGUAAGAGACUCGGACUGUCUCCGCUCAUGUCCUUGUCGCCUUCAGUCCUUGUCUCCUUCAGUUUUUGUCUCCUUCAGUCUUCCCCUCUUUUUUUUCACUUUUUCUCUUUUUGUUCUUUUUUCACUCUUUUACUCACUCUCUUUUCUCCUUUUUUUCUCUCUUUUACAUGCUCUUCUUUUUUUUCACUUUUCUCUCUAUUUCACUCUUUUUUUUCACUUUCUCAUUUUUCACUUUCUCUCUUUUUUACUCUUAUUCACUCUCUCUUUUCUCUCUUUUUUUCACACUCUUCUUUCACUCUCUUUUUUCACUUUCUCUCUUUUUUCACUCCUUUCACUCUCUUUUUUUCACUUUCUCUCUUUUUUUCACACUCUUCUUUCACUCUCUUUUUUUCACUUUCUCUCUUUUUUUCACACUCUUCUUUCACUCUCUUUUUUUCACUUUCUCUUUUUUUCACUUUCUCUCUUUUUUUCACUUUCUCUCUUUUUUUUCACUUUCUCUCUUUUUCACUCUCUCCCUUUUUUCACUUUCUCUCUUUUUUCACACUCUUCUUUCACUCUCUUUUUUUCACUUUCUCUCUUUUUUUUCACUUUCUCUCUUUUUUUCACACUCUUCUUUCACUCUCUUUUUUUCACUUUCUCUUUUUUUCACUUUCUCUCUUUUUUCACUUUCUCUCUUUUUCACUUUCUCUUCACUUUUUUCUCUUUUUUCACUUUUUUCUCUUUCAUUCUCUUUUUUUUACCUUUUUUCACUAUUUCUCUUUUUUCACUCUUUAUUCACUCUUUUUUUCUCUCUUGUUCACCCUCUUUUUUGAUGCUCUUCUUUUUUUUUUUUUAUUCUCAUUUUCGUCUUCUCUCUUUUUUCACUCUCUCUUUUUCAGGAGUUCAUCCAGAAGUUGAUGCCUCCUCUGAUCUCAAAGUGGAACGAGUUGAAGGACGAAGACAAAGACCUUUUCCCUCUGCUGGAGGUCAGUGAGUUUUAGAUUCUCCUCCUUCCCUUCUCUCCUCUCCUUCUUCCCUUCUCUCCUUUCCCCCUUCCCUUCCUGAGAUUCAGUUUGUCACAUUAAAACCUGCCACUCUCUGUCACACUAAAAUACAGUGUGUCUCUCUCUCUCUCUCGCUCUCGUCCGUCCCUCAGUGUCUGUCUUCGGUCGCCACGGCGCUGCAGAGCGGUUUCCUGCCGUACUGUGAGCCGGUUUACCAACGCUGUGUGACUUUAGUCCAGAAGACUUUAGCUCAGGCCAUGGUGAGGACACACAAUGACACACAGACACAUAUACACACACACACACUUUAUUAACUGUGUGUGUGUGUUCAGAUGUAUAACCAGCAGCCGGAUCAGUACGAGGCUCCAGAUAAGGACUUCAUGAUCGUGGCGUUGGACCUGCUGAGCGGACUCGCCGAGGGUCUGGGGGGUCACGUCGAACAGCUGGUCGCUCGCUCCAACAUCAUGACGCUGCUGUUCCAGUGCAUGCAGGUAAAACACCUGAGAGACCACCUUCAGGUGGAGGUGUGUGUGUUAAGUGCAGGUGUGUGUAACAGUCAGGUGUGUGUUUUGUGCGGUUCGUUUCAGGACACGAUGCCCGAGGUUCGACAGAGUUCCUUCGCUCUCCUUGGCGACCUGACCAAGGCGUGUUUCCCUCACGUGAAACCGUGUAUCGGUGAGUGUCGGACACACAACAACCUCACCUGUCAGGGUCAAGGGUCAGCUCACCUGAGUCAGCGUUGUGGGGGGUUGGGGGGUCUGUGAGGGUCUCCACUGUUUCUAGAUUUCAGUAAAAUCACAGAUGAUUUAAGACGGAGAAUUUCUCAGUGGAAAAACUCAAAUAUAUAAAAGUGACACUUCUGGAACUGUGAGAGGUAACUGUGUGUGUGUGUGUUUGUGUGUUUGUGUGUGUGUGUGUGUGUGUGUGUGUGUGUGUGUGUGUGUGUGUGUGUGUGUCUCUCCAGCUGAGUUCAUGCCCAUCCUUGGACUAAAUCUGAACCCUGAGUUUAUCUCGGUCUGUAAUAACGCGACCUGGGCCAUCGGAGAGAUCGCCAUGCAGAUGGGUGAGUUCAUGAUCGACCUUGGAGUUUAUUUACUGAACUUAGAGUUAAUGGUGUGUGUUUAAUGUGUGUGUUUAAUGUGUGUGUGUGUGGGGGGGGGGGGGGGUGUCUGGAGAUGAUGACAAACCCAGCUCAUUGACUCAGGAUGAAACCACUUGUUCCUAAAGAUUCUGAUCCAGAUCACAGCGUUGAAUGUGUGCUGCAGGGGGCGCUGCAGAGCGUUAAUAAACCACAACACUAACAACGCUGUGUGUCUGUGUGUGUACAUGUGUGUGUGUAGGUGCAGAUAUGCAGCCGUAUGUGGGCGUGGUUUUACCUCACCUAGUGGAGAUCAUCAACAGACCGAACACACCCAAGACUCUGCUGGAAAACACAGGUAUAUACACAUUUGUGUGUGUGUGUGUGCGUGUGUGUGCGUGCUCUGUGGACUGACGGUGUGUUUUUUUCCCUGCAGCGAUCACCAUCGGUCGGCUGGGCUUCGUGUGUCCACAGGAAGUGGCCCCUCAGCUGCAGCAGUUCAUCAGACCGUGGUGAGUCACACCUGAGAUCACAUGACCUGUCAGACAGGAAGCAGCUGAGUAUCAGGUUAGAGUCGCACCCGUUUGAUCAGAGUGAACACCUGUUUGUGUCGGCAGGUGCACGUCGCUGAGGAACAUCAGAGACAACGAGGAGAAGGACUCGGCCUUCAGGGGGAUCUGUGUGAUGAUCGGGGUGAACCCGGCAGGGGUUGUUCAGGUGAGUCGGUGUUCAGGUGAGAUGAUGGUGUUCAUGUGAAGCGCCCUGACUCAGCAGUAACCGUCUCCUCUCUGCAGGACUUCAUCUUCUUCUGCGACGCUGUGGCGUCCUGGGUCACCCCCAAAGACGACCUGAGGGACAUGUUCUACAAGGUGAGUGACGUGUGCAGACGCUGUACAGGUAACGCAGGUGACACGCGCGCACACUGUGAUGACUCUUUUUUUUUAGACAUUCGAAAUCUGACUGAUUUCUGAGGAUGACUGUGAGUCUGAGUCUGUGGGCGGAGCCUCUGUCGAUGGUCCUGUGAUGAACGAUGGCGUUGGCGUCCUGACCUCCUCCGUCUUUGUGUUUCAGAUCCUUCACGGCUUUAAGGAGCAGGUCGGCGAGGAGAACUGGCAGCAGUUCUCGGAGCAGUUUCCUCCCCUGCUGAAGGAGCGUCUGUCCGCUUGUUACGGCGUCUAA